UCGUUACAUGUCACUCUAUCGCGUUCUGUUUCGUCUGUGCUCCUUGUUAGACGACUCGUGUCAAUAAUAACAACGUGCCAACAUCGACGCAUAUAUAACAGCUACCCAUCUUUACGUACUUCCAAAAGUUGUUUCCAUCGUCAGGGAAGUAGCAGCAUUGAGUUUUAAGAGAUUUGACAACCAUAAAGGGAAAUGGAUAUAUCUACACCAGCACCAACAACGUCCCCGAACGCGGCAACUUUGGCCCUCCUGAAUGUGCUAAUCCAAAUGUAUAGACCGGACAUCAUAGACACCGAGCACAGGGUGAAAUCGGUACCUCUGACCGAAUUACGAACCCAUUACGAUUACAUAGUAGUCGGCGGCGGGACAGCUGGCUCGGUUGUUGCUAAUCGUUUAUCGGAAAAUUCUAACUGGACUGUGCUUCUGCUGGAAGCUGGCCACGAUGAGCUACCGCUAUCCGACGUACCUAUAUUGUGGCCAGACCUUCUAGGUAGACCAGAUCUAAUUUGGAACUAUACAACCGAGCCGUCCGACAGAUAUUGUCUAGCCAUGAACAACCAUCAGUGCAGCUUUCCACGUGGCAGGGUUCUCGGGGGAGGCAGCGUGUCGAACGCGAUGGCGCACGUUCGCGGAAAUAAGAACGACUACGACCGCUGGGGAAGUUUAGGUAAUAAGGGUUGGGAUUACGAGGGUGUGUUACCUUACUUUAGAAAGGCCGAGGACAUGAGGAUCAAGGAUCUCGCGGAUUCGCCGUAUCACUCCACCGGAGGCUACCAAACCAUUGAUCACGUGAGGUUCCGUACUCCCAUAGCAGAUUAUUUGCUAAGGGCAGGAGUAGAGUUAGGGUACAAUCUGACGGAUUACAAUGGUGAACGACAAACGGGAACCAGCAUUUUGCAAGCUGCAGUUAGGGAUGGACUGCGUUGCAGUUCCGCGAAGGCCUACAUUCGAUCGGCCUCGAAAAGACCGAAUCUACACGUCAGCCUGAAUUCGACUGUCGAGAAGAUUCUGAUACGCGAGGAGGGGAAAACGAAGAAAGCGCACGCGGUUCAAUUUCGAGUGGGAGGUACCGUUCACACUGUAUCGGUGCAUCACGAGAUCGUUUUGUCUGCCGGUCCGAUAGGAUCGCCGCAGUUGUUGAUGGUGUCUGGUAUUGGUCCCAAGAAGCACCUAGAAGAAUUGGAUAUCCCCGUGGUACACAAUGCACCGGGCGUGGGUCAAAACCUUCAGGACCACGUAUCGAUCGGCGGUUUAUUCUACUUAAUAGAUCCACCGAAGGAUUACAUGGGCGUCUGGCCUUUCGCUUCUGUUGGGGAUGCACCGUACACUAGGGCAAUGGUCGAUGACUUUAUUUUCCGCCACGAAGGCCCCUUCUACACACAACUGUUGUGUGAAAAUAUAAUGUUUGUUAAUACCAAGUACGCAAAUAAAUCGAUAGACUGGCCAGACAUAGAAUUCAUGGUAUCGACUCAGGCUGACAACACGUACGGUGGUCGAACUCUAGCUAAGGGUGUCAAUCUGAGAGACGAUUUCUACAAUGAUCUUAUCAAGAAUGUCGAGGACAAACCGUCGUACGCGAUUCUUCCUCUCCUGUUGCGACCAAAAAGCAGUGGAUACAUUAAAUUACGCUCGAAGGAUCAACGCGUGCAUCCGAUCAUCGUUCCCAACUACUUCAGUCACCCGCACGAUCUCGAUGUCAUUGCUCAAGCAGCGCAGAUCAUUCGUCAAUUUAGCAAGAGCCCAACAAUGAGGAAACUGAACGCUCGACCGAAUCCAAACCACAUCUCGGCAUGCGCUUCGCACCUGUUCCUAUCGGACGAUUAUUUUAAGUGUCUCGCCCAACAGUACUCGAUGACGAUCUACCACUUGUGCGGGACGUGCAAGAUGGGUCCAGCGAGCGACCCAAUGGCUGUCGUGGACGACAGACUAAGGGUGAGAGGAGUUCAAGGAUUACGGGUCAUCGAUGCAUCGAUUAUGCCGUAUAUCACCAACGGAAACACGAACUCGCCGACUGUCAUGAUAGGUGAGAAGGGUUCGGAUCUGAUUAAACAAGACCGAGGAGGAAAACACAAAUCGUAGUGUCCGAUUUAUUUUUGAGCAAAAUGGCGUCAGAAGAUUGUAUUGUGAAAGGGGUAUUAUAUAUAAUUGUAUUAUAUGGGCAACUAUUAUUGUUUAAGGGAACUUAAUGAAAACAUGAACCUUAGCCUUCAACUGCACCUGAUUAUAUAUUGUUCGUAUAUGUAAAUAAACACAACGUCAAUAGCGUAUUUGUAUUACACUUACGAGAUCAUGCGAUCGAUGUAUUUCAGUGAUCAUAAGACAUUUUGAUUGGCACGAUUUUGAUGUAACAGUUACUGAACUCUUUUGUGUGACAAAAUAUAAUAAACAGUACCACCACA